AUGUUUAGCUUUUGGCUACUCCGAAGGAGGAGUCAUAAUCAUCACCCAGUGGUCAUAACCGACACAGACUUCCCGGACGACACAAGCACCACAGAGGAGAUACAUCAAGCUCAAGAAAUGUUGGCAUCUGUGAAACUUGAGGCAGUGCAAAUCGGAUUACAUCUUAACUCUAAGAAGACGGAAGUGAAGCAUUUCAACCAGGGAGGAGUAACAACCAUAAAGGCAAAGAAUGGAGGGGAAAUAAAAUCUAUGAACAAUUUCAAAUAUCUAGGUGGAUGGCUUGAAGCUUUGCAAAAGAUUUUAAGUACAAACGGCUCUUCUUCUUAA